AUGUCUCUGACCUUGCGCUACCCUCCAAACUUCGCACCCCAUCGACCAGACACACUCUGUCUUCCUCGCUGUUAUGACGACGAGGACCACACUGAAGAACUGGCUCUUCAGAUGGAUUCCUUGAUUCCGACUCAGAAUCAGGCUUCUGUACGCGUUUUUGCUGGCCGUCUAACCUCCAUGGCGGCUGGCCCACAGAGUUGCUCAUACAUUCCAGUAGUUUGCAAACUCAGUUACACUUCUAAAGGAAUGGGUAGCCUUGCAUGGGAAGCCCUGAUGUACCAUAAUCUGCACGAUCUGCAGGGAACUGUCGUUCCUCGCUCAUAUGGUUUCUUUGAGGAACAAGGCCACGCUGCCUGUCUCGUUCUUGCGUACGCAGGCCAGCCAUUGAAUACUCGUUUCGAGGAUCUGAACAACGAGCUCAAGGAACAGAUUAUGGAUGCAUUCAACCAGAUACAUGAAUGUUGCGUCGAGCACAACGAAGUCGUCGAGAAGAACGUACUUGUGAAUGAUCAAGGUCAUGUCUCCGUGAUAGGUUUCGCGAUGGCUAUGGGGACGGCCUGUCAGCGACACCUUCUGAUACCUCCCGUGGGUGGUCUCGGACCAGACGAGACAGAGUUCGGAUGCGAGGAACUACACCGUCGUCUGUUCGAAAACACACUCAUGGGCCAAUUUCAUGACCAGCAAUCGUUGAUGUCUAUGGACGUCCCUGUCCAGUCUCAGGAUUGA